AGCAUCGCCAGGACCUCCUCACAGAUCGGCAAUCGCCUUUCCCCACAAUUGAAACUUGGCCUAACAUAUCUAGGGCUCUUUUGCAUGUGGGAUUGAUAUCUUUAAACGUUAUCUGUUUGGGAAUGCGGCGCUUAUACACUUUUUGCCUUUGAACUUUCGAAUGAACAGGAGAAUAAUGAGAUGUGGUAGACUAGCUGGAAAUCUUUGAGGUGCGGGAGAGGGGACUAGGGUGUCGUCAGCGAAACGGAUUUGCUGGGACUCGCUCGGGAGGGAGGGAGGAGGGUUCUUUGAACAUGUUGGUUGGAGGCUUUGGAUCUUGGGAGAGGGGUUUGAUUUGUCGCUUGUCUACUUCCGCGUGCUGGAUUUGUUCUCUAGGGGGGUUGCUUGGCUCGAGAAUCGAAGUUUAUGGAAGUCAAAGAGAGGAGUGAGUGCGUUACUUCCCGGAUUCAUACAUGGGGUAUCCAUAGAUACUAGGGGCCAUGUGAAAGAUUGUCUCCGUGGUGAGGUUUACUGGCGGUUUGAUCAUACCACUGCAUCUCGAGGUGAAAUCGUACAUUCGCGUCCUUUGGUGCGCUUUGGGAUGUUGAUACUGGGGAUUGGAGGGUUUGUUGUAGGGCAGCUUGGGACGAAGGUUUGAUGGCUCUUGGCGCAUACGUUGACGGAGCUAGAUAGGGGGAGAGUCAAUGGGGUAGCAUGCUAUUAUUUGUGUGUCGUGAGAGAUAGCUUGGGUUAUAUAUCUGAGCUUUGGGGGAGAGAUGAUGUGGAGGGAUGGAGCGGAGUAAUGUAUAUAAGGAUCCUUCUCAUCGUUCUUAGCACGAUUUCUGGACAUCAUCACUUCCAUUCUACAUUCCUAUUAACUUUUUAGCAAAUCUUCGGCAGGACUGUAUUUAUUUCUUACUCUAUUUUCUAUCUUCAAGUUCAACAGACUAUCUAUCUUCCCUCCAACCAAAUUCAAUCCCUCGAACCAUCAAAAUGCAAUUCUCCACCGUCUUCCUGUCUCUUCUCGCCGCUACAGCCGUCGUAGCAAAAGGCAACUCUACCAAACCCGUCACCGAUAAAUCCCUCUGCAAAGAGAUGAACAAGCUCGAGAAGCUCGUGGACCAAGCCCAGAACACGACCAAGCUCGCCUCCAAAACAAACAACAACCAGACGAAAAUCGAUAGUAUCGUCGCGAAAGCGAGUGCCGCCGCUGUGCAGCUCGAUGCGAUGCAGGCGAAUACUACGCUGGUGUCGACUUGUGCUGUGAUUGACGCGGCGCAGACGACGAAGAAACAGUGUAAUAAGAUGGAAGACCUCCAAAAAACCAUCGACACGGCCGCCAACAGCACCAAGCUCGCUGCGAAAACCAAAGGCAACGCGACGAAAGAAGCAGAAUACCAAGCCAAAGCCACGAAAGCGCAAACGAAACUCGCAGAGAUGACGAGCAACACUACGUUGGUAGAUGCGUGCAGUGCGUUGCAGACGGAGAAGGAGGCUAAGCAGGCGGAUACGACGACAACCACGAAUGCUGCGACUAGCUCUACAGCUGCGAGCGGUGCGGCGGGAUUGGUGGGAGCUAAGUUGGGAAGUUUGGUGGGCGCGUGUGUCUUGGUUGCGGUGGGGAUGAGCUUGUUGUAGAGGUUCGGGGAUGCGGUGUAUGGGGGCGUGGGUUUUGUCGGUGAGGGGGUUGGGGGAUUUGGAAAUCGGGGGAGGAGGUCGGUAUUGAUAUCAGUACAUCAGAUCAGAGACCGCGGAAUUGGGAAUAUCUACACUAGCAAUCAACACCAGGUUGGACAUUGAAGGGACACCGAGUUGAAGAAAAAGCGGCACGCAUACAUCGUGGACUCGCAACCUCGCAUACUGUAACCAACUACACCCCUUCAAAUAUUCACAGUACAAGUUAGGACAAGAAUGAAUGAGAACUCAUCUAUCAGAGAAACAAACAAGCAAGAAAUAAUGGGUUCUCGACUAAAACGUGACUUCAUCACAACGCUAUCUUAGCGAUGAGAACAACUGACAGAAAAGAAAACACCGAUCACGUCUUAUCUCAGGGAUCUCUACCUGACUCGACACACAUGUGUCCACAAGGUCAACACACGAGGUAUUCCAUGAAGAGCCUUCAAGGCAGACCUACGGUCCAUACAUCCUCCUACCCGAACUCGUAAACACUUCAAUCAAAUGUAACGGGUGGACUCUACACACACCCAUGCAUGCAACUGCAAGUGCGGCUCAAAAUCCCCUCAUUUCCAAGUUCAAACCAGGACCAUCAUGCAGACUAGCUGAAGUAGGUGAUAAAAUCCUUAAAAGAACCUUCUUCCAUUCAAACUCCAUUCGUGAUUGGACAUCAAUACGCAGCACCCGUGUAACCUGCAGAUUCCAACGAACGAUCAGCAUCUAACCCAUUAAACACAGUGACAACUACCACCUCCACCCAACUCGGUCCCCUACCUUCCCCAAAAAGAUCACCACGUCCAAAAAUAAAUCACCGUGCUGCAUCCAUCCAUCCAUCCAUCCCAUCCAUCAUACAUAUGUAUCGGUCUCUCAACCCUUAGCCGCAUAAUUAAUUUCUCUGCCUAAA